AUGGAAGAUUAUGAGAUUGGUCCUAGAAUGGUUGAGAGGAAUUAUUGGAAAAUCUUCUGUUAUUUUCCCUUGGCAGAGAUUCCUAUAGGUUGCCUAAAGCACGAUUGGGGAAUUAAACCAAAGACAGCAAUGCAAUUAGUACAUCCAUCAUUACUUGUGCUUUUUUUACUUUCUCAUUAA